CAAAUAUACUCUCUAGUACUCCCAGGGGAUUAAUGAAGAUAGCCAAACAACCAAUCAAAUCACAGAAAAUGAACAAUUACCCAUGAGCUCCCCCCUCCAAGGAAAUAAAUUUGACACCCUAGAAGAAUAAAAAUAAGCUAGCUGCGACUUCGGACUUUUUUUGUCGCUUUUUAAAAUUAAAUCAGCAGUUAAAAAACUGCGAUGCCGAUAUUUUUUUAGGAUUGUUGUCAAACACAGAAUAUUCUUUGUUGAUUUGUAUUUUCAUAAAGCGUUUCAAGGAUUUUUUCGGGUUUAAAACAUGGGCUGUUGUGGAAACAGAACUGGCGACCGGGAUGAGGACGUGGAGAUGAAGGACACCAAAGAAUGGGGAAAAGCUAAGUCAUUCGACCCAAGUUUUAAUGGUCCCAUCAAAAACAGGAGCUGCACAGACAUACCAUGCUGUAUUCUUUUCGUUCUCUACAUUGUGGGAAUGCUUGCUCUUGGAGGAGCAGCAUUUUACAUGGGUAAUCCAUACAAGCUGCUAAACUCUGUGGAUUCAUUUGGCAAUAUCUGUGGAUACUCUGAAGGCUAUGUAGACAAGCCAAAACUGGUGUUCUUUGAUUUAACAGAAUGUAUUAGCCCUGCAGGCAUAUCAGCAAACUUGUUUGCUUACUCUUGCCCUACAACUCAGGUUUGCCGUGAAAAAUGCCCAGAUUAUAAUGGAUUGGGAGCAACUUUGCCUGUUGAUGAAAUGAUUUGUCGGUAUGAUGUGAAGUUAACGGCUGGAAUGCCUACAGCGGAAAAAUUGACUUUAAUCAGGGAAAGAAAAUGUGCUCCAUAUGUUUUGAAAAGUACUGAUGUUCUGAACCGCUGUAUUCCAACAAUUGUGAGCAACCAAUUGGGCAAUCUCUUCCCUACUGCCAAUGCAAACAACAGCAAUGGGAAUGUUACUGGAUCUGAGGUGCAAGAAGGAUCAGUGUAUGUGCAGGCUUUGUUAAAUCUACAGAACCUUGGGCUUAAGGUUAUUGCAGAUGUUCAAGAAUCGUGGUAUUGGAUCCUUGCGGCUCUUGGUAUUGCCAUGGCUGCAUCAUUUAUCUACAUUUUGAUCAUGAGAUGGGUAGCUGGCUUACUUGUCUGGCUGACAACCUACGCGGUCCUCACUCUUGUGGGUUUCAGUGUUUAUUACAGUUGGACGCAAUACAAAUUGCUGUCGACAAAUUCCAAUGCUACCAGUAGUGUUGACAUUGUAAUAGGUGGACUUGAUCAGUAUACAAACAGUGCCGACACCUGGUAUUAUCUCACUAUCAUCCUUGGGAUCAUCCUCGCAAUUCUUGUACUGCUAUUAUUAGCUCUGAGAAAACGUAUUCAGAUUGCUAUUGCUCUGAUCAAAGAAUCCAGCAGGGCCAUCACUAACAUGGUGUUCUCACUCUUCUUUCCCAUCAUUCCAUGGUUGUUACAAAUCAUCUUGUUUGGGUGGUUUGUUUCUGUGCUGGCUUUCUUGGUGACAGCUGGUACUCCUACAUAUUCCAAUGUGGACAGUAAUGGAACAGUUGUCUCAGCAUGUGAAUACGUAGGGAACAUGGCAGAUAACUUUGGAGUGAAUGGUAACUUGUCUUGCAAGUUUAUGAACUUCAGUGAUAGCAACGUGUUGUUGGGAAUGCAAGUAUAUCAUCUCUUUGGUUGGUUCUGGUUGAUGAAUUUCAUCAUUGCUCUGGGUCAGUGUGUGCUGGCUGGUGCCUUUGCAUCUUACUACUGGGCUUAUGACAAGAAGAAUGACAUUCCAGCCUUCCCUGUUGCUGCAUCCUUCUACCGCACCUUAAGGUACCACACAGGGUCAUUGGCAUUUGGAUCUCUGAUUAUUGCUCUGGUCCAGCUUAUCAGAGCUGGUCUGGAAUACUUGGAUCACAAACUCAGAGGAGCACCAGGCCAGCAGGGAGAAAUAGCCAAGUACAUCCUCAAGUGCAUGAAGUGUUGUUUUUGGUGUCUGGAAAAAUUCCUCAAGUUCCUGAACAAGAAUGCGUACAUCGAGAUUGCAGUCUACGGGAAAAACUUUUGCGUUUCUGCAAAAAAUGCAUUUUUCCUGUUAAUGAGAAACAUUUUGAGGGUCGUGGUUCUCGAUAAAGUCACAGAUUUCAUCCUUUUCAUUGGACAGCUGUCAAUCACAUUUGGAAUUGGUGUUGGAAGUUUCUACUGGUUCGAGAGACAAAAGAACUUGAAUUAUUACCUCGCCCCAGUAUUCAUUAUUGUCAUUGGUUCGUACGUCGUCUCUGCAGCCUUUUUCAGCGUUUACAGCAUGGCUAUAGACACCGUAUUCCUCUGCUUCUUGGAAGACUUGGAGCGUAAUGACGGAUCAGAUGAAAAGCCAUACUACAUGUCGAAACCUCUAAGGAAAAUCUUGGGCAAAAAGAACAAGAAGCCAGAGGAUAGCGACUAAAAGAGUUUUGUCAUCUCGACAGCAAGUUUCAUGUAUAUCAACUCUUAGCAUACCAUGAUUGCUGCUAGCACUAGGGUUAUCCUAUCUGCAUGUAAACCAACCUUAAAGGAAUAGAAUCUAUUCCUUAGCUCACUCCUCUCCCCAUCCAUUUUUAAUUCAAGUAUGCUGAUGCACUCGUUAAACUUAUAAGGGGACCGUUCAUUUUUUACUGAGUGGGGAGGGGAGGAGGGGUGUCAUUUAAAACAAUCAGGCCCAAGAGGGAGGGGGAGCAUGCAAACGAAUUUGAGUCGCACAGCACUUUUACUAUAAACAGAAUAGAAAGCAUGGAGGGGUAAUUGCCACAACA